AUGCAUUUGGCAUCUUUAUCAGCUCUCUUCACAACAGUGCUUCUUAUAUUUCUAUCUCUUUCCGAGGCAGCGCUGCCAGGAACAUGGCCAACUCUGGAUCAAGCUCCUCCAAUGAAGCCAGAAUGGGCUAAAUUGGUUGACCUAAAGAAACUACCAAAAGCUCCCGUACAAACUGCACAAGCUGCAGAUUGUUCCAAGGCUGUAGAAUUCUGUAUAUGGUCAUGUAAUACUUGUAUACGAAAUGCAUCAGAUGUCGUAGCUUGUCCAAACAACAAAGAGUGGGGUAUCAGUUAUGAUGAUGGCCCGUCACCUUACACACCAGCACUUCUCGACUUUCUAAAAAGCACCAAUACUAAAGUCACCUUCGCCGUCAUUGGUUCACGUGUCGUCGAACGUCCCGAGAUCCUCCAACGCAUCAAAGACGAAGGACACGAAAUAGUAAUACACACAUGGUCACAUCCGUCACUUACUACUGUAUCAACACAACAAAUCAUUGCUGAACUUAAAUGGACCGAGUUGGCAAUUCAAACCGCCGUCGGGUUGACUCCCAAGUUUAUGAGACCUCCAUUAGGUGACAUAGAUGACAGAGUAAGAUCUAUUAUAACUCAGUUGGGAUACAAAAUUUUAUUGUGGGAUCGUGACACAUUCGAUUGGAAAUCGGGCAGUGACCCUAGUUACCAGCCCUCUUGGAUUACGGGCAAUUUCACACAAUGGGUUACUGAUUCAAAGGGUCACAUUUCGCUUGAACAUGAUUUGUAUCCAGUAGGUGCUGCCAAUGCUCCUGCAGCCGUAAACAUUGUUCGAAAUGCUGGAUACACCAUAAAGCCCGUGUCUGUAUGUACGGGAUUGCAACCGUAUGUUGAGAACGUUCAACUAGUUGCCAGCGGACCGGCUCCGCCUAACGCUACUGAUGGUACAGAUGGUACAGCCAAUGCAACUUCAACGAAUAACACAUCAUCUUACAAUUCAUCGUCGAAUUCUCCUAGUUCUCACUAUUUGUCAUCACAUGCAUUAUUGAUUGUCUUAAUAAUUUCUAUGGCUAUUUUCAAUUUAUGA